AUGUCGCUCUCCGAGAUUCGAAAUGUCGUGCUUCUCUUCAGUAAUCCGGUCUGGGGUGGUGCCACCACUGUGCCCACCACCAUCAUCAGAAACAUUACCGCGCUCUCCAGUCAGAUAGCAUACGAGGAGCGCAUCGACAGCAACAUCACCACCUUGACAACCACUAACGCCGAUACCCUCAAUGGAGUCAUUCAAGGUCUUUUAUACGUUCCCGACAUUGCUCGAAUGCCGUCCUGUGAUGCCCAGCAGUACGACUUCAUCCCCAGAAAUGUCACCCGCCGCGCCAACCUCCCCCCUACCAACUACAACCUCAUCGCCCUUGCUCCUUGGUUUAGCAUAGACUGCACCGAGGCCUACCUCGCCGCCGCCCGCGCCGACCCUAUCCGCGCCUUCAUCUUCUACAAGCCAAACAACUCCUCCAACAAGCCCCAGGAUGUCCAAUCACCCGUCUGGAACCUCGACGAUGACGGCGCCUGGAGGAAGCAAAACCAGUAUCCCGUCUUUGCCGUCUCGGGACUCGAGGGCCAAAAAAUGAUGACUCAGCUCAGCCUCUAUUCAGGAACCGUCAACCAGAUUCCCCAUGGCCAAGAGAUAUCGCAGCUGUAUGGGCCCAACCCAAAGGACUAUGUUCGAAUAUGGACCGAGUUGAACAUGAAGAAUCCCACCAACAUCCCGGCUCUGUGGAUAUUCUUCCUCAUCGUUAUCGGCGCCUUGCUCGCCAUCAUCGGCGGCAUCUCACUCACCAUGCACCUGAUACAGAGGCGUCGCCGCAUAUCGUUAAAACGUCGUGUUAUAUCUGGCGAGGUUGAUCUCGAGGCCAUGGGUAUCAAGAGGCUCACCGUCCCAACGACCUUUGUCCAGGGGUUUCCGCUUUUCACUUAUAACCAAGACCCAGACGCACUCAGUGGCCCGCCAACUCCCUCUUCUCCAGGUAUGCGUGGUACAUCUCGUUCUGGAAAGCCCUCAAGGAGAACCCACCGACACGACCGAAAUGCUCCUAGUGAUAUCGUAUCUCCCAGUGAGCACAGCGUCCGCAGCACACGAAGCUGCCACAUUUGUCUCGAUCGUUUCGAACAUCGCGUCACCAUCAUCAAAGAACUGCCCUGCGGCCACAUCUUCCAUCCCGACUGUAUAGACGAAUUCCUGCUCGAAAAUAGCUCACUAUGUCCAAUGUGCAAGCAUUGCAUGUUACCCCCCGGGUACUGCCCUCCCAUUACCAACGGAAUGGUCCGCCGUGAACGGGCCCUGCGGAAAUUGCGAGGAAGGAUAGAUUUGGAUUACUCAUCCAUGGAAUCUGGCGAGAACAAACUCAAAGGCUGGGGAAGGAAAAUCUUUAGUUCGGGCAGUCAUGCAACUUCCCCCGACGUUCCGUUGACGCCAGUCAAGAAUAGCAAACAGGGUAGAGAUGCCAAUGUCAAGAAGACGCCGACGUCUUCCGAACAAACCGUUACAGAUACGGAAGCCAUCAGAGAAAUACCAUCGACGACGCCCUCUGGGACAACGAUUAUGGACAUAUCCGAAUCCGAAGACGAUGCCAUCAGAGAGACAACCCCCGCAACAACCCCCGCGGCGCCGCAGAAUCCAGCGCCCACAAUACGGGCCAAACGCAAGCCCCAGCCUCGCCACAGUCCUUCGUCGUUUGCUCGCGAGCGCAUGCGAGAGAUUGCGAGCCAGAACGCGCCAUUUGAUGACCCUGACCUGAAGCGUCCCAAAUGGCGUCGUGUUGUUUCGAGCGUAUUUCCUGGAUUCGUGUAG